UAAAUUUGCAAAGUGGAGGAGAGCUCAAAACCACAAAUGGAAAUUCAUCGGGAAGAAGGGACGUUGCAAGGGGUGGUGCCUAGCCGUACCUAGCCCAGACCAGCCGUUGGUACAGAAUUUAUCGCGUUUCAGAGCCGUACCGUCGUAAACCAAACAUCCCCGAGCUGGUGUACAAGUUUCUCAGUCUGGGCUGUAGAGAGGGCAAGGAAAGAGCGUCGAAUGUCGCAUACACCAAGUGCAGUUUCUGCAAGCGACAGAAACGUCGUAGCGAAGUUCUGGAUUCCCUGAAUUCCCCAACGACCGGCAGUAAUAUGGCCAACAAACGACGGGACUCGAAGAAGAAUUCCAAGAUCCACCAUGUCAGGCGUCGCAGAAGCGCCAGGGAACCGACUAUGUCGGCCUGCAUGCAUAGUCGCAGCAGGGGAGAAGGUCUAAGGAAGAUGAGGAGGUACAUCCAGAAAGCGUUGGACUUCGGCGUGGAGUCUGGUUAUUUGAUCCCAAAGGACGCAGCAUACAGAGUUCUGCGAGUCUCGUCCGAUCUCAUGAACGAUGGCAAUUACAUGAGCAAAGUGAAACACUCUGCAAGAGGAGUCUCCCAGGAUAGGGACAAAACUCCACGUCAAACGCCGAUUAGAUUCGAGGAGUACGAAGUGCAGGACGCCAGGAGACGAAGAAGUGGACGUAGAAGACGAAGAUCGAGGAGUGGAUCCAGGAGGCGACGGAGAUCCAGGAGACGUGGGAGGAGGCGCAGGAGGUCCGACACCGACGAAAUAAUCGAGAACGACGACAAUUACGAGUUCGACAAUCAGGAUGAAAACAGGCGCAACACUGAAAACGCAGUUAGAAAGGAUGAAACUGAACGUAAAGCUUCGAACGACGAGAAAACGACUGACAAAAGUGGAGAAGGUGGCUCGGAUUUAUCUGUCGACGAGGAAGAAUCCGACGAGGACGAGGGAAAGAAGGGUAACGACGAGACGCAAUCAUAGUAUCGCCAUUUCCAUGAUCCUACAAGAUAAUUACUGACGCGUACCAAUUACUUACUUGAAGAAAAAUUUUAA